GUCGUCGUCGUCGUGCGCAUACGUUGCACAGCUAAUGGAUGCCGUCAAUUCUAUCAACGUUGUUGCCAUGAAUAAGAUCACCUCUGAGAAUACCGAGACGGAGGGCACACAAGGAGGAGAGGCACGGACGAUGGAGUUGAACAGUCAACAGAUGACGUUGCCGCAGUAUGUUUCCUGGCGACCCCGAGUUCCGUUGCAGCCGGUAAGUCUCCGCACACCGCCGGGCCCAGAAAGUCCUUUAAGUCCUAUGUCGGUUAUUCCUUCCCGCAGCAGCGAGUCUUUGUCAUCUUUUUUUACAACAUCUUAUAAACUGCCCUUGGGAUGCACCAACGACGAGCUUCAAUUUGAGGAGUGGAUCAGGAAUCAUAAGGAUAAGGUGGUAAAUAUUCCACACAUGGGUACACUGGGAGGACACGUAGAGGCGGGACUACGUACGAUGUUACAUUACGACACGGACUUUUUGUACGGCAUGGCGCUACGAAUUGCUGCCUGUUCUUCCUUGGAAAGGGAGAGAUGUGAUCUACUGCCGCGUGUUCGGCAUGUGUACGCAAAGCGGCUAUUUCGUCAAGGCCGUUUUCUUGAGGCGGCAGCCCAGCACGGACUGGCAAUGGAGGGCCCACCGUAUUUGAAUACACUGCUGCUGGAGUUUUCACGGGUCGCGACGGAUGACAUGGAACCGCUUAUUCUUUUUUUAAUCUUACGGCUGCGCGGGUAUGAGGGACAGAAAUCGAAUGGUGAAACAUGUAGCCUGGAGUUAACUUGCCUCACAACAUGGCUUGUCUCCCUACUUCUUGAGCGUUGCAAUCAAAUUAGGAAGGAACGACAAGGCAACGGGGAAUGUUCUGGCUUGCCUGCAUCGGUAACCGUGUCUGUGGCCAAUCCUGCCAUUGUCACCUCGUCAGUGGGCGCAGAGAAGGUAGUGGGUGAAAAUCGACGUUCUCUCGAGAUGACGGCAUAUCUUCGCCGCAAGUAUAAUUUGAAUAAUCCACGGCAGUUGCUGGAUCAAAUCUUUGUACGAUACGGUGCAUUUGUGCAGUGGAAAGCGAUUUGCGCAGCCGUCUUUGGCAUAGCGAGUGCCGAACUGGCCAUUUUAAUUUGCGAACGAUUGGGUCAUCAUGGGGAGGUACUUUCGCGCCUUUUCCUGCAGCAGGAACGGCAACUGGAUGGACUUGUAUGUCUUGAAAGAAAUGGAACUGGAGUUUGCGCUUCUGCCUUGACAAAACACACACGUCAGCAACAACACUUUUAA